CACAACCGUCUCAGUUCCCGCGGUACAUUACUUGUCGUCAGAGGUUCCAACAGUACUGCGCCUAGCUGCGCGUUUCCUGAGCUACACCGGUUGUUGUAGUUAGUAUGUCGUCAGCCUGGACGUCCUUUUCUCCGACGCCACAGGAGUUGGCCUAUGCACAGCUCCUAUUCAACAAAGUUGAUCCAUCCAAGUUGGGAAUCAUCACGGGUGACGCUGCUAUUUCUUUGUUUGCGGGAUCCAACCUCCCUCCAGAAAAAUUGGGGGAAGUAUGGGCCAUUGCCGACCAUGACAAUAAUGGUUUCUUGUCUAAGAAAGGUGCUGCCGUUGCCGUGCGGUUGAUCGGUUGGGCUCAGUACGGGGAAGAUGUUAGCGAAUCUUUAUUGCUCAAAUCGGGGCCUCUCCCUACCAUUGCUGGCAUUCAGUAUCCAGAGCCCAGUCGAAGUGCGAGUCCACGCGCAAGACCACAGUCCCCAGUCAGAACCUCCGCUCUGGGACCAAUAACGCCCGAGGACCGUUCCAAGUACCUGCGGCUAUUCGCCAACUGCAAUCCGACUAACGGUCUUCUUAGCGGCGACAAGGCUCGCGAUGUGUUCCUAAAAUCACGAUUACCAGUUGAAAAGCUGGGCCAGAUAUGGGGACUGGCCGACUCCCAGAAGCGCGGUGCCUUGGAUGCUGCUGACUUUGCUGUCGGCAUGCAUCUCAUUCAAGCGGCAAUGGCGAACCCGGCCUUCGUGAUCCCGGGAUCACUCCCUCCGGCUAUUUUCGAACAAGCGGGGAAAACUCCCGCUCCUGUUGCGGCACAUUCAACUGGUGGCUCCAUAGCGUCGCCUACACUUUUAUCUUUCCCUUCAAGUCCAUCCUCUCAACCGCUGAAACCUCAGUACACAGGGCCAAUGCUGAAGCCCCAGGCGUCCCUUCGCGCCGGGACGGCAUCCAGCCCGGCGUUUACGACCCCGUCUAACUCGGCUGCACCUGUGUGGGACAUCACAGAGGCUGAGAAGUCAAAAUCUGAUGGCUUUUUUUCUUCUUUGGACCCUCAGGGGCGUGGAUACAUUGAAGGGGAUGUUGCUGUCCCGUUCAUGCUCGAAUCGAGGCUCUCCGAACAGGUUUUGGCCCAAAUUUGGGAUCUUGGUGACCUCAACAAUGAUGGGAAACUGACUCGUGAGGGGUUUGCAGUGGCAAUGCACUUGAUCAGCAAUCAGCUUGCGGGGAAGCCAGUUCCAGAUGUUCUUCCCCCAACGCUCGUGCCACCCAGCCUUCGUGGAAAAGACUCUACUGGAACACCAGCCCCUGCUCCUCCAACCCUUCAAGGCCGAUCUAAUACCCGAGAUUUGCUAAGCGACGACGAAGACGCAGGGACGAAAGAUGCUUUGCCUCCCUCUUCCUCAGUUAUUGGUAACACGAAGAAUCAGCUCGAUUCAACGACCGCAUCUUUGAACAAAGCCAAAGCGGAGCGCGAACAACUGGAACGCACUGUCACGGAAUCUGCUGCUCAAUUGGCGCAACUUGAAUCUCAGUUGGCGUCGGCGAAAGCUGCGCACGAGAUCGAAACCAAAGUCGUCGAUGACCUCCGAGCAAGGAAAGCUGAACAGACAGAGAAUAUCCGCAAGACUCGUGAGGAGCUUAUUACCGCCGAGAGCGAUGUUAGCGCCCUCAAAGCGGAGAGGGCAGAGAUUGAAGGCUCCAUACUUAGGGACAAGGAAGAGAUUCGUGCUCUUCAAAAGAUGCUGAAGGAGAGCGAGCAUGAACGGCUGCUUACUGAGCUGGCUGCAGAGAAGGAGGAUCUAAUGAAGAUAAAUGAUGAAAUCGCCGAAACGGACGAUGCUAUCCAGGCGUUGUCGAUCGCGCCUGAGCUGUCUCAGCCUGACGUUGCUGCUCGAGCAACUUCACCAAUCGUAUGGCAAGCCCAGCCUCUGCAAAAGAGCAACAACCCCUUCGGUCGUUUUGCUUCAAGCGUCUCGACCCCUCCUGCACCUGUGUUCCACCCGUUCGGAGUUCAGGAUGAAGUCAUUGGGGAGCUUGUUCUGGGGAGGAAGGCGACCGACCCGUUCGGAGCUGCAUAUGGAUUAAGCGAUACAACAGAUGCCUCACAUGAAGAUCCAACUCCCUUGAAGGAUACUGAAGACUCAAAGCCAGACAUUUGUACCAACGGGACAGCCUCACCAGCAGAACACUCUGCCACUUCUCAUCAUGGUCAUGGUGAUUUGCCACCCCUCAAAGAAGUUGAACCGACAGAGGAAGAUUCCUCAGAUGAUGACGAUGAUAUCCCGCUAGGGAUGCUAAACGCAAUGAAUCGCCCGAGCCAGGAUGCCUCCCUUUCCCAAUCAAUUGAGCCUUCGACCAAUGAAGUGAAUGCCGGUGCUACCACGGAAAUCGUAUCUCCGCCAUCACCAGUACUUGGAAGUCGGCUUUUGACGAUGCAUUUGGUAUUACGACCCCAGCUACGACAGGCAUGCUUCCGCCUCCUCCAUCCUCAAAAUCUGGCACAAUCGGUUCGAAGCGCGGCUCUCCAAAAGACUCAAAGGGUACAUGUUCGGUGGCAAGCCGUUAUUCGGGGAAUCGCCGUCCACAAAGGAGUCCAAGCCCCUCUUAUGGAACCAUCCAAAUCGACCUCGUCAAAUAUCCCCAACAAUUUGGAUGCGUUCGGGGGCAGUACAAAUGGUCAUGUUGUCAAGUCUGAUGUGACUGGAACGUCUUUCCAUACCCCUCUGUCGUCUCCGCAUACGGAUGUAACUGGGAGUACAUGGCCAAGUGUACCACCGCACAAUAACGAGGGCCCAACUCCAUUUGAUGCUGCGUUCAACGUCUCCCCAAGUCCCUCCGACAAUCACGCUCAAGGCACCCGGCGCGGAGGCAUCAUCCCAGGACAAAAAUCCAUCGCAGUUAUCCACUUCGCCCAUAUCACCGCCCUCGGGGAAACAGGAUACGCCCAAACAGCCGACAGAGGGCGCAAGAAAUCGGAUGCCACUGAAGCCCCGUCAAGGUCAUCGAAAUUGCUUCGGUUUGGAUUCGGCAAGAAUAAAGACAAGAAAUCGAAGAAAGUUGUACCAGUGGAGGGGCCCCCACCUGCGCCAAGCCUUCCUCCUCGUCCGCGCCGUACGGGUUCACUUUCUGUCCCAGAUGUCAUUGGUUCUGUGGGCCCAGAUGGAGAUAUUCAACCUGUUCAGACACUUAUGGAUAUGGGUUUCUCGCGGGAGCGCGCCGUUGACGCCCUCGAACGCCACAACUACGAUGUUAAUACUGCUCUCAACAGUCUCGUUAAAUGA